UUCCAGCAACCUGUGUUUCGUCAAUUCCCUGGGCCUCAAAAUUGGGUGCCGCCACAGGUGGGAUGGCCGCCCCAGAACUUUCUGUCAUACCAGCAUCAAGCCGCGCCGUACUACGUGUUGCCGCCCUCGCAAUCAGCAUACUCAACACGCGACGUCUCCAUGGACCCGAGCAGCAGCUUCAGAGGUUCUUCCCAGCCUCCCGCGGCAUUCCCAAACCCAGCGGAUCCACCUAACCUGAAAAUGACUUUUCCGGACGGUUAUGCACCUACCCAAGCCGGUAGCGUAGAGUGGCUAACAGACAAGAAACAUGAAUACGCUCGAACAAGUGAUGCUAGACUGUGGCGUAUAAGUCUCGAAAGGUGACCUUGGUCUUGUUUGUAUUUUCUAGAUAACAGAAUGAUAUGGUAUUCUGGAAGGGAUAGCGCAAAUAGACUUCCAUUUCAGUUUCUCGCCUGAUUUACUUGCCAGCGCAAUGGUGAGCUGUGAGUGUCUCGUCCCACAGCUAUCCCAUCACUGCGGAAUGGCGAUAGCACAUAAG